AUGCGAUCCAUAUCGUCCAUGUUUGCCGAUCUCGGCCCGGCGGUGUAUUCGGAGGAUCUGGAGCGUCCGUUUCUGGAGGCCUCCGCGGCGUUUUACCGCGGCGAGGCGCAGCGCCACCUGGCGACGUGUGAUUGCGCGGAUUAUCUCAAGGUGGCGGAGAGGCGGUUGGAGGAGGAGGCGGAGCGUGUGGCGCAGUACCUGGAUGCGCGCACCGAGGGGAAGGUGACGGGCGUGGUGGAGAGGGAGAUGGUGGGGAAUCAUCUGCGGCUGCUGGUUGAUAUGGAGAACUCUGGCCUCGUGCCCAUGCUCGUGAACGACAAAUACGAGGAGGGGGAGCGCGUGGCGCAGUACCUGGAUGCGCGCACGGAGGGGAAGGUGACUGGCGUGGUGGAGCGCGAGAUGGUGGGGAACCACCUGCGGUUACUCGUGGACAUGGAAAAUUCGGGGCUGGUGCCCAUGCUUGUGAACGACAAGUACGAGAUGGGUGGGUGGGUAGCGGAGAGGCGGUUGGAGGAGGAGGCGGAGCGCGUGGCGCAGUACCUGGAUGCGCGCACAGAGGGGAAGGUGACAGGCGUGGUGGAGAGGGAGAUGGUGGGGAACCACCUCAGGCUGCUGGUGGAUAUGGAAAAUUCCGGCCUGGUCCCGAUGCUGGUCAAUGACAAGUACGAGGUGAGACCUCCCUCCCUCCCUGGAUGCACAGUACCUGCAUGCGUGCACGGAGGGGAAGGUGACUGGCGUGGUGGAGAGGGAGAUGGUGGGGAAUCACUUGAGGCUGCUGGUGGAUAUGGAGAAUUCUGGGCUGGUGCCCAUGCUGGUCAACGACAAAUACGAGAUCGGCAAGAGGGAAGAUCCGCUCGAGAAGGAAGAGGCGGAUCCGGAUCUGUCACGAUGGGAAGCGACCCAUGGCGGACGGACGGGCGUCACGGAGCUGAGGGCGGUUAUGGGUACCGCCAGGACACGGGAGCGUACCGCUCGCCGGAGGAAGGCUAUCGCCGUCGCGAAGAGAGAAGUCGCGGGCGAGGCCUGGAGGAGUCCUUCUCAGGUCGCCAAGGCGAUCUUGACAUGGAUGGCGACGACGAGGCCGACUCGGCGAAUCGAGUGCGGGAGACGAACCGUGAUGGUGAGAUCAAGGGCGAUGACGAAUCCCCGGAGGAAGGCGCAGGCGAGCAGCGCGAAAAGCCUGCUGAAGUCGAGGACAAGGAUCCCGCGCAGGCGGGCGUGGCGGCGGAGCCGAGCACGGUGGAGGCGGACGGAAAGGGCGGUAGUCGAGAUCUGCCGCACGACGAAGAGAAAGGCGACGGCGGGGGGCGUGGCAGUGGCGCACGCGCUUCAGAUUCACUGCGCGCUCGCCAGAUCCGCGGAUGUACCGGGAAGGGGGGGCGUGUGGCGACACGCGCGCGCCGGAUCGACGGCAGAACUAUGGCGGGGAAGGCGGUAGCGGCGCACGCUCACCAGACCCACGACGUCCGCACGGGAGCGAGAGGCAUGGAAGCGGCUAUCGCUCGCCAGUGCGGCAGCAGCUACAUGAAGACAGGUGCAGGGGCGGCUACCGCUCGCCUGAGCCACGGCAGUACCAAGACAAUGGGCGCGGGGGAAGUGGGCGCUCACCAGAUCCGCGGAGGUAUCACGACUGGAGAGGCGGAGGGGAGCGGCGCUCUCCAGGUCCCCGGUAUCCACGUGACGAGGGACGCGGAGGCGACUACCGCUCGCCUGGUCGGCAACGGUAUCAUGGAGAGAGAUGGGGAAGCGAGACGCACUUGCCCGAGUGGCACAGGCGUCCUGGAGAAAGCAGGGAAGGCGGACAUGGCUCGCGGCCACGGCAACAGAGCCGGGAAGGGGGGCGCGGCUAUGGGCAUCACUCACCUGAUCGAUACGGGCGGUAUGACGGAAGGCGUGCCAGUGAGGAAGGACGGGAUCAGCGCGGCAGCAGAGAAGGAGGCAGUGGGCUGA